CUCGACUGCCUCUACGGCUCUAACACUCGCUCGACUCCCAAACGUCGUCCCUCGCCGCAUUGCACGCCGCGCACGGCCCUACCACAUACUCAGGGAGCUCCCGUGAGCGGCCCGAACAAUGGCUUCACCUCCUGGAUCUCCAGCUGCGGCCUCUGUCCCGCGACCCCUCAGUGCCAUGAUCCGCCCAAACCGAAGCUCCAGCCGGAUGAGCAUGAGCAGUAGAGCCGGCGGUGGCAGUCGCGCCUCCGACGAGGACUCGCGUACCGCUGUCAAAGUCGCCGUCCGCGUACGUCCUCCGCUCAAGAACGGAGAUCCCGGCUUUGACCUCGUCCCUCAACGCUUUCGCGGCUCCACCUGCCAUGUUUCCACAAGCUCCAGUUUGGUGGUAGAUGCCGCAGGAGGCCGCAAGACAUUCGUCUUCGAUCGCGUCUUCGGAGAGGAUGUAGACCAAGAGGGCAUAUUUGAAUACGUUGCAGACAGCGUCACUUCUUUUGUUCAGGGUUACAAUGUGUCUAUCCUCGCCUACGGCCAGUCCGGCGCCGGAAAGUCCUAUACAAUGGGCACCACAGGCCCGCGAGACCAAGGGGACGAGAAAGUCAUGGGCAUCAUUCCUCGGGCAGCCGCACUGUUGUUCGAGAAGCUCGAUGGCUCCAGUCCCGCCCGUCCCUCAGGGCCCGGCAUAAAGCCUCCAUCACGCAUCUCUGGCAUCGGCAUGCCCCUAGCAAAGACCUCGUUGAAUAAGAAUUGGCAGCUCAAGGCUACCUAUGUCGAAAUUUACAAUGAGCAACUGCGCGACCUGCUCCUUCCCGAGUCCACCGCAGCGCACGAGCGCCCCGCCGUCGCUAUUCGCGAAGACCCCAAAGGCCGCAUUCUCCUCACGGGUCUCACGCAGAUGCCAAUCAAUUCCAUCGAAGAUCUUCUCAACGCGCUGAACUUUGGUUCCUCCAUUCGUCAGACCGACGCUACGGCCGUGAAUGCAAAGUCCUCCCGCUCGCAUGCCGUCUUCAGCUUGAACUUGGUGCAGAAGAAGAGCUCAACAGCGCCGCUGACGAAACGCGACAAGCGUAUGUCAGUCCCCAUCGAGGCCAUGUCCGGUGGGAGCGAGAACUGGGUGACAGUGGACAGCAAGCUGCACUUUGUCGACCUUGCCGGAAGCGAGCGCUUGAAAAACACUCAGGCGCAGGGGGAAAGGGCAAAGGAAGGAAUCUCCAUUAAUGCCGGCCUUGCUAGCUUGGGCAAGGUCAUCUCCCAGCUCUCUUCCCGGUCACAUGGGUCGUACGUCUCGUACCGCGAUUCGAAACUCACCCGCUUGCUGCAGGAUUCACUGGGCGGAAAUGCCAUAACCUACAUGAUUGCCUGCGUCAACCCCGCCGAAUUUCACCUGAGUGAAACAUUGAACACCGUCCAGUAUGCGCAACGAGCGCGAGCCAUCCAGAUCAAGCCGCAAAUCCAGCAGGUGCACGACGACAGCGACAAGCAAGCCAUUAUCGAUCGACUACGUGCCGAAGUCCAAUUCCUCCGGGAUCAAAUCAGAAUCUCGGAAAGGACGGAACGCAAGAAGGGUGCACCGCAGGAGAGAGCUGAAAGGCAGCAGGAGCGGGAACUCGAGUUGCACAAUCAGCUGCUUGAUAUCCAGGAGAAUUAUAACGCCCUCAGUGCAAGGCACGCGAAGUUGAUCUCGGAAAUCACAAAAGCUCGUGACAGCGAUUCGGCGGAGACGCCGAUGCUCAAGGAUGCUAUCGGCGAUUCCGCACUUGAGCGACUGAAGCGGUCCAACUCAUUCGCCGAGGCCGUCGAGUCUGUCGUCCUUGAAUAUGAGAAGACGAUCCAGAGUCUGGAGUCAUCCCUCACGAAUACCCGCUCCUCCCUCUCCGCGAAUGAGAGCGAGUUGCUGGAGAAGGAGACGCGUAUCGCUUUUCUGGAAAGCCAGGCUCAACAGCUGCAAUCCCGACUACAAAAAGCAAUGGAUCGCGAAGCCAGCAAUGAGGACUACGUGAAGUCUCUGGAGGCACAGAUCGAUAGCUCCGCCUCGGGUAUUGAAAGGAACGACACCAUGAUAAUAGAGCUGCGCGAGAAACUGCAGAAAGCCAGGGAGAACGAGGCUAGCGCCGAGGAAUACAUCUCUACCCUGGAGGAGCGCCUUGCGGAGAACGAGCAAGAGGUGGAUCUCAUGCAGCGAGAAAUCGAGCGGCUGAAACAUGUUGUGGAACGUCAACGCAGUAUCGGAAAGCUGGACAACUUGUUAUACGAGCUCGACAAUAUCCGACAGGCUGAUGCCAAAGGCGACGAGCCAGUCGUCAAUGGGCACGCCAAAAAGCUUAGUGAUUCAAUCGUGGACGCUCAAUCGGCAAGCAACGGUCCCAGGCAAUUCAACACCAAUAUCGAUGCCAUUGCGGAAGAAAAUGACGCAGAGAGGCCUACAACGGCGGGGGCCUCAGACCCAAGCGCUGCAUUUGUAGCCGGGGGUCAUGAGGGUCGCGGUGAUGCGCACAACACCCUUGUUGUAUCCAGAGAUCUACCAGCUGACGAGGCUCUCGAGACACCAGCAAGUCCUGCUCAGUCCAAGUUCGUGCAAGACAAACUGGAAUCAGUCACUCAAGAGCUUUUUGAUUUGAAGGUAGAGCAUGAGGGCACACUCGAAGACUAUGACAGGCUUCAAAGCAAGUAUCAAGAAGCUCUGCGGACCCUGGCUGCCCUUCAGGAUGCAGUAGAUGAAGCGCGCCAUCGGCGGUCAUCAAUCUCGGUUUCUUCAAGGCCGACGUCUUUUUUAGCGAACGCGGGGGUGAAUGGACUCAGGGGAGAGGAUGGACAACCAUCAUCCUCGCGUACGUUGUCUGCGGAAUUGUCCUUAGCAGUGCAAUCUGGCAAUACCUCGAAUCUUGGCGACGAGAUCGAGGAGAAUACUGAGGUUCCUGAUGACGAAGUGUCUCCCGAAGACAUUCCCCUGCCGCAGUCACCAACCGAAUCUACAUUCGACCUGUCGCACACAGAGUCUAUUUUGGCUCGAGAAUUGGAAACGUUGAAGUUGUUGAAUGCCGAGAAGGAGCAACGAGUGGCUGAAUUGAGCCAUCGUUACACAGACCUCCAGGAGAAGCACCAAGAUACCCUCGACUAUGUGGAAGAGUUGAAGUCGGAGGUGACCAAGGCUCAAAUGGCUCGUCCUGCCUCGCCUACGGCUCGCGUCAUCCGCCGGAAGUCGAGCCAGAACGUGAUGUCCGCAAACGAUCGAUCCAAUCGUGCCUUUGCCUCCCUACGUAACCUGGCUCUCGAAAACUUUGAGCAGCAACCCGAUACCAUCCAGAAUUUCGAAAUCAACCUCAAUGCGAUUAUGACCGAGCUGCACAUGCGAUCCGAACGAGUGCAAGCUCUCGAGGGUGAGCUUGCUUCCGUCAGGAAGGAGAUGGAGGGAAAGAUGACCUUGAUAUCUGGUCUUGCCAAGGAGCGAUCCAGUCUGAAAGCAUCCUCACCAUUGGAUAUCUCAAUUGUUGCAAGUAUGCAGGAUCAGAUCAGGCAGAGCGAGGCAGACAUGAAGGAGCUUAAGGAGGCGCAUGAGAAACGGGAGCAGGAGUUGCUAGCUGAGAUCGCAAGCCUAAAGGCAUCCUUGGACAGCGCAACGCUGGCCAAUGCCGUCACGUCUCCUGCAUCUGGAGAGGCCGCCGAAUCUCUCGGCGACGAGGCUUCCGAGCGCGAGAAUCUGCAACAGGCACAAAUCAGGAAGCUCCAAGAGGAGGCUAGGUUGUGGCAGUCUAAACACGUGCAGGCCAUCGAAAGCACGAAAGCUGCAGAGAAGCAACACCUUCAGACGGUCAGCGAGCUUGAAUCGGCCAUCAAGACUCUGGAAGCCGACCAUGCCUGGCGAAUCAACGAGUUGGAGCGUGCCAAGGGCGUAGAAAUCGAAGCACUCCUUGAGAAGGAGAGACUGCAGCACGCGGAGUUGGUCCAGACUCUGCAGGCCCAGGUAGACGAACACAGAUCAACUGCGAUUGAGAAUGCAGCUCGUCUCGCUGAACUGGAGGAGUCUCACGCUCGCAUCAUCAGACAGGUUGAAGCCGAUGCUGAGGCGAGAGAGCUCACCGAGAAGGAGCUGGCCACGCAUAGGUCUCUUGUUGCCAAUCUGGAAAACCAAGUUGAGGAGCAUAAGGCAGCCCUUGACAUUCAUCAGCAACGGCUGGAGUCCCUGCAACAGUCGCACGUCAUGGAGAUGGAGAAACUCACCGCAGAGCUCGCCGCCAAAGAAAGCUCAACGCACGCGCUUGAAGAGGACCUUAGCAAGGCCAGGGCGGAUAUCGACGGGUUACUGAAAGGCAUUGGAUCCGCAUUGAGCCAAGAAACGGACAUGUCGAAAGUUGAAUCACAGAUUCGGGCUCUGGCCGAGGAGAGAACCUCGCUCAUGGCUAAGAUGGAUGAAGCGAUUGGUGAGCUCCAGACUGCGCGGACCCAACUGUCAGAGUCGACAGCUACUGUCGCCACUUUGAAGGGAACCGUUAAGGAGUUGGAGAUAAUCAACGCGGAAACUAUCAAAGAACUGGAAAAGAUAAGCCAAAAGGAGCGGAAGAGCUCGCGUCUCGUCCAGGAACUGGAAGAUCAGCUCAAUCAGAAUUACGACCAGCACGAGGCUGCUGCCAAUCGUCUUUCUGCCCUUCAGACGGAGCGCAGCCAGGAGCUGCAAGAAGCUCUUCAGCGGAAGGAGAAUCUGGAGAAGGAAGUGGAAGAGUCUCGCAUCAAGAUUGCCCUAUUGGAGUCGCAGCUUGUGGACGCAAAGAGACACUCGAAUCGUGAGUCUGUCGAUCCACGAGAGUCUCUUCAACGAUCGAAUUCGAACAAUUCCAAUCUGCGGAAGAGCACCUCUCACACUUCCCUGCCGUCUCCGCCUCCUGCCAUUCCUCUCCCUCCCCUUCCUGGCAGUCCGCCUCCUCAGGCCAGCGCCCCGUCACCGCCCACCUCCCGCCACCAGAGCAAAGACAUCGCCCAGGCUCAGCUCGUCGAAGACCAGGAAGCGCGUAUCCGGACUAUCGAAAAGCACCUGUUUGCCGAAAAACAGCUUACCGCGACAUUGGAAGACGCGCUCACUGACUUGGAAGCCUCGAGUCAAAAGACGAAGCAGGACAUUGAAAACUGGCGGAAGAAGUGCGCCAGCCUGGAAGAAGAGCUCGAAGUCAUGCGCAAGGAGCGCAGCAUGGCCCGACACUCGCUGCAGGCCUUUGAAGAGGAGAGGAAUAUGCGGCUCAGAGUCGAGGCGGAGAGGGCGCAACUGGAGGCGCGGAUGUCGGCGCUGUCGAAGACGAAGAAGAAGAAGGGGGGACUGAACUGCUUCUAGGCGAAGCUGAAAUGCUUGGUUCUCUUGGAAGUCGAACUGCUUCUGCUUCUGAGGCGGUUGUGAGUCCCCACGCCCUUCCUUCACUGUCUUUACGUCUCUCUUCUUGCUGGGAAGAGGUCUGUGGUGCGGGAGACGGGAGUACAUGCAAUCAUGUAUGUGUGUAUGACCGCCUGCUCCGCAUCAUCGUCGUCGUCGUUUGCUUUUCGUCUUG